GAACAGACGAGUGUGGUGUCCCUCCCCAAACCUAUGGAACAGGUGGUACCAGCCCCGUCAUUGGCUACCAGCUUCCCCUGUAAGCAGUGUGGAAAGAUGUUCUAUAAGAUAAAGAGUCGUAACGCCCAUAUGAAGAUCCAUAGGCAGCAGCAGGAUGACUGGAGACACCCAGGCCUUGUCAUCAACCUAGCCCAGAACGUCACCCCCAACCUGGGAACCAAUCUACCCCAGCUCCAGGCUUCAGGUCGGGCCUACCUCCCAGGCCCCAUCAACAACAACAACAGCAACCACCACACUGGUGGUGCUCACACCAUCAUCAUCAACAACAACACCAACAACAACAUCAGUGAUCCAAACAUUCCAAACACCAAUAACAUGACCAAUAGCAACAGUGUCAGCGUCAUCGACUCCACUCCUAAUCAGAGAGGACACGCCCCCCUCCUCUCUGUCCAGCAAUCGUGGGACUUGUUUCAGUUGAACUCUAAUCCUGCGGCAGGGUUCUACUAUGACCCGGAAGUGAAAGGAGCCCUGGGGGUCACGGUGGGAGGGUGA